AUGUCUCAACCAUGGGACUACAUCGCGAAGAUCGUAUCGCUAGGCGACUCCGGUUGUGGGAAAUCUAGCCUAACCGUCCGCCUCUGCGAAGGCCGCUUCUCCCCGCACCACGACGUGACGAUUGGCGUAGAAUUCGGGUCGCGCAUCGUCCCCGUCGGCCCCCCCUCCUCCUACGCCCUCAACAUCAACAACCCCACCAAACCAGCCACCACCACCCCCCCUCAGCCCUCCAAAAACGACCCCCCGCAAAAACACAUGAAACUCUCCCUCUGGGACACCGCAGGCCAGGAAACAUACAAAAGCAUCACACGGAGCUACUUCCGCGGCGCAUCAGGCGCCCUCCUCGUCUUCGACAUAUCGCGCAAAAACACCUUCCUCAGCGCAACUUCCUGGCUGCACGACCUGCGCCAAAUAGCAGAGGAAGGCAUCAUCGUAGUGUUGGUGGGGAAUAAGAGUGACCUCGCCGCCUCGUCCACCGUGUCUGAAUCAGAGGCCCAGAAUAAGCGCCAGGUCACGCGCGAAGAAGCAGAGGAGUGGUGUCAGGCAAACGGCGUUAUGCAGUAUGUCGAGACGUCGGCUAAGAGCGGAGAGGGCGUCGAAACGGCGUUUCUGGAGGUCGCAGAACGCAUAUAUCAGAAUAUCGAGGCGGGGAGAUAUGACUUGAAUGACCGGAGGAGUGGCGUCAAGGGGCCGGGGGCUGGAGGCGGAAACAGAGCGGGUAUUAAUCUGGGCAUGAAUGAUGCGGCUAAGAGGGGGAAACAGCAGGGCUGGGGCGGCGGAUGUUGCUGA